AACUUGUGUCCUCAUGGAUGCUAGUCAGAUUCGUUAACCGCUGAGCCAUGACAGGAACUCCUCAAGUGGCUACACUUUGUCAUCAUUCAAGUUUCAUCUCAUAAAUUAUUUCCUAAGAGAUGCCUUCCCUACCCACAUUAAAGAAGCCCCCAACCAUAGCUACUCCCUAUUGCAUCAUUGCAAUACUCCUUAUUGGCCCUAUUUCUUUCCUACACCUGUCAUUAUCUGAAAUUAUCUGGUUUAUUUACUUGUUGACACUUUUUAACACCCUGAGAAGUGCCAUAGCAGCCAAGAUUUUUGUCUCUUUUGUUUCCUACUGCAUCUCCAAUAUCUAGAAUGGUGCCAGGCACAUAGUAGGGCUCAAUAAAUAUUUGAUGAGAGAAUGAACACAAUCAAAAUAGCAUUGGGGAUCCUGAGUGUGGGUAUCACACUCAUUUACUCCCUUUUGCCAGCUCUGAGGAGGAGCAAAAGGUUGACCAUUUGUAAUCCCAACAUCCGAGUUAUGCCCUGGACUGCAGACUGAGGAUGUCUUGAGUCCUGGCUGUGCUACAGCUUCCUCAUGUAACCUCAUUUCUGAAAGAUAAUUUGGAGCUAUGGAAUUUUCUACUUACCAGCUAUGUGCCUUUGAGGAAACUACUUAAGCUCGCUCAUCUUUCAGUUCCCUCAUCUGUCAAAAGAAGGUCCCCACAAGGUCGUUGUAAAGAGACAACUAGGGAUUGUAAGCACUUACUGGAUGUUCUCUUUUUUUUCAUCAUUUCUGAAUCUUCACUGCCUCAGUCAUAAAAUAGGAGACUCAGCUAUCUUUUUCAAGAGAAGUAGGAAAAUACAGAUGUUUAUAUGAAAUAUCUCAAUUUUUAAAUGUUGAAAAUUAAAAUGUGUAAAAGUUCUCUCUUACUACUUUUUUUGUGCUGCACCUGUGGCAUGUGGAAAUUCCUGGGCCAGGGACAGAACUCAUGCCACAUCAGUGCAUCAGUGACAACGGGCAGGUCCUUUUUUUUUUUUGGCCGCCCCACAGCAUAUGGAGUUCCCCGGUCUAUGCUUUAACCCACCGUGCCCGGCUGGGGAAUUGAACCUGCAUCCUGGUGCUGCUGAGAUGCCACUGAUCCUGAUGGCCACAGGCAGGAAUUCCAAUGUCAGAUCCUUAGCCUGCUAGGCCACCAGGGAACUCCUAAAGCUAACUUUUAAACUUGAGGGCCAAACAAGAUACUGCUGUGGGAGUUCCCGCUGUGGCUCUGACUGCAGCAGCUUGGGUUGCUAUGGAGGCACGCGGGUUCGAUCCCUGGCCCAGAAACUUCUAUAUGCCAUUGGUGCGCCCAUUAAAAAAAGAAAAAAAAAUGCUGUGGACUGGACCUGGUCCGUGUACUAUAAUUUUCCAUCUAAGCUACUGGGUUGUCAGGGAUGCUAUGACAACCCUCACUUUGUAACUUGGACAAAUCAGCUUACCUUCCUGAACUUCAACUAGCUCAUCUGUGAAAUGGACCCACCUUUGUGCGGAUGGAGACCUGGUAUGUAAAAGGCUUAGCUGAACGAUGGCGCAUAAGAGGCACGCCACACAAUAAAUGGCAGCGGUAGCCUGGGUGGCUGUUGGUUUGCUAAGUAUGCAUUCAAGAAGCAAGACACCCCAGAGACAAGUAAGACGCCGCUGGGAAAGGAGAAAAGAUGGGAAAAAGAGGCAAGAGGGAAGGGAAGAGGUGAGGAGGCAACAGGGUCCGCCCUCCAGGCGGGGCGCCAGCGAGAGGCCCAGGCAGGGGCGGGAGCGCACGUGGCCUAUUUCGGGCGGAGCAGACGCGCUUGGCCGCAGCUGAGACCUCGGAGCCGGCCAUAGGAGACGAGCCUUGAAGGACCCCAAGAUGCCCGGCGAACAGCAGACAGAGGAGGAGGAGGAGGAAGAAAUGCAAGAGGAGAUGGUGCUGCUGGUGAAGGGUGAGGAGGAUGAGGGUGAAGAGAAGUAUGAAGUGGUGAAACUCAAGAUCCCCCUGGACAACAAGGAGGUCCCGAGCGAGCCGCCAGCACCGUCUGCCGACCCGGCGCGCCCACACGCGUGCCCGGACUGCGGCCGGGCCUUUGCACGCCGCUCCACGCUGGCCAAGCACGCCCGCACGCACACGGGCGAGCGGCCCUUCGCGUGCACCGAGUGCGGCCGGCGCUUCUCGCAGAAGUCGGCGCUGACCAAACACGGCCGCACGCACACGGGCGAGCGGCCCUACGAGUGCCCGGAGUGCGACAAGCGCUUCUCCGCCGCCUCGAACCUGCGGCAGCACCGGCGGCGCCACACGGGCGAGAAGCCGUACGCAUGCGCUCACUGCGGUCGCCGCUUCGCGCAGAGCUCCAACUACGCCCAGCACCUGCGCGUGCACACGGGCGAGAAGCCGUACGCGUGCCCGGACUGCGGACGCGCCUUCGGCGGCAGUUCGUGCCUGGCGCGCCACCGACGCACGCACACGGGCGAGCGGCCGUACGCAUGCGCCGACUGCGGCACGCGCUUCGCGCAGAGCUCGGCGCUGGCCAAGCACCGGCGCGUGCACACGGGCGAGAAGCCGCACCGCUGCGCCGUGUGCGGCCGCCGUUUCGGCCACCGCUCUAACCUGGCGGAGCAUGCGCGCACGCACACGGGGGAGCGGCCUUACCCGUGCUCCGAGUGCGGCCGGCGCUUCCGCCUCAGCUCGCACUUCAUCCGCCACCGACGCGCGCACAUGCGGCGGCGUCUUUAUAUCUGUGCUGGCUGCGGCCGGGACUUCAAGCUCCCUCCGGGCGCCACAGCCGCCACUGCCACCGAGCGCUGCCCAGAUUGUGGGGGCAGCUGAGCCGCCGUUCUUGUCGCCGCGGGGUACGAACGUCCGGCUGGAGAGGGGCACGCUGGGACCCCGACCAGGGGGCUGGGUUACCCUGGACAACUCCUCCCUGCUCCCCGGGUCUGGGAUCGGAUGGAAGGGCAGGGCUGGCUGCCCUGGAACUGGGAGAUGGGGAGUAUCCCCUACCCGGGGCCCCUGGAAACGUGCUCAUCACCCCCUCAUUACAUCCCUUCGGCCCUUGUUAGUGAAUAAAGUAUUGUAUCCUCACCCA